AUGGAAAUAAACAAAAGCGACACGAAGACCAAAACAGACAAGGAAAUAAAUUCUUUAUUCUUAAGAAAAGAAAUCUUCGACCAUGCAAUUAUAUAUACUACGAACAAGAUUGAGGAAAGCGCUUUACUAAUUUAUUUGAAAAAUUUGUAUGAGCAUUUUAAAAACUCCAAAGAGGGAAGGAAGGACGGAGGGACUGUCCACCACGAUGAUCAAAUGUAUGUCACUUUGGAUAGCUGGCUAAGUUAUAAUGAAAUCAUAAAAGGACAAGACCAUAUUUGCUCUGCCAAUUUUAGUCAUAAUGUUUGCAAAUCUUUGUGGAUCCUUUUGAGUAUAACUUUGCAGAGUGUGAGGAAGAAAAACAACGUCAAAGGGCAGAAGACCAUAUUUAACGCGGCGUUGGAGGAACUGCACAAGAAGGGGGGUGAGCGGCAUCCGAAGAGUGAGGGGGGUGAGCGGCAUCCGAAGAGUGAGGAGGGAGAGCGGCAUACGAAGGGUGAGGAGGGAGAGCGGCAUCCGAAGAGUGAGGAGGGGGAGCGGCAUCCGAAGAGUGAGGAGGGAGAGUGGCAUCCGAAGAGUGAGGAGGCGAUUUCUCCCAAUUCGAGUCACACCAAUGGUGGGAGUCAGGUUAGCAAAAUGGGCAUCAAUAUGGAUAGCGGUGUGGGUGACGUAGCCCCCCCCAUGAAAGGUUCUACUACACCACAGAGGGACUGCGGAGGGGAGGAGAGCGGCGAAAAGGGGGACACUCCGCACGGCGCGUGGAAUGAAAAUUGGCUAGACGAACAGGUGUGCAUAGAGCUAGUCAUUUUUUUUAUAAUAUUGCAAUUUUUGAAGAUAGAUAAUGGGAAGAGGAAGUACGACAAAAAUUUGAGUGAAGAUAGUUGGCCUCACUUUGGAAAUUCUCCAAGAUCUUUGUCCAGUUCCUCCUCGGGAGGAGGAGGAGGAAACGGUGUCGGAAGUAGCAGCGUGAAUGCUAGUAGCAGUCCAAGUAACUGUGUGUCCAAGUCGAACCUGUCCGAUUUUUUCCAUUUCUCUGGGAAUAAUUACAACCAUUUUUUGAAGACCUACCUUAUUGCAUUUUUAUGCGCAACGGAUAUCGUCAAUAGUAGCACCCUUACAGACACUCCUCUCUACUUUAGAAGCCAACAUCUCUUUCUUCUCGAUUUUAUAAUAGAUACGAAUGACCACACGAAUGUAUACGAGAGGUACCUACAGAAAAAUGAGCCAAAAAUUUUGUACAAAACGAAGGAAAUCCUAACUUGGUUAUUAACCAAUUUGUAUAUGACCGAUUGUGAAAGUGACGAAAUGGUGAAAGACACAUCACACAGUGGGAACAGCCUAUCUUCCACCACACACCCAUGUGGUAGUAUCCAAACAAAUGGAUCUCAUUACGGCAUAGAAAAUAUAAAUAAUGAUAUCUAUGAGAUUAAAAAUAUACAGGGAAAAACAAUAUACAUAACGAGUGACAAAAAUAUAGUAAAUAUAAAUAACUGCAAAGAGUGUAAUAUUUUUAUUUUUUCAAAUGUAGAAUAUUUGAAGAUCCAUUUGAGUCUCAAAAUAGAGAAUGUUAUCGAUACGAAUGUAUAUGCUUACACUGAGACAAAUAUUAUUAUUUUUGGAGACACGAGAAAUAUCCAGCUUGCUCCGUACAACGUUUUAAAUGCGAACCAGAGUGAGUGUCUUCGAAAGAGUAGAAUUUCUUUUGGGAGUAAAAAGUGUGACCUCUUUGCCUUUCCCCUGAAGUGCAAGACGAGCUUGUUCCACUCGGUGGGCGCGUCCCACACGGCGUUGACCCACUCGGCGAGCUUAGCCCACACGGCGUUGACCCACACGGCGAGCUUAUCCGGGGGGGCAAGCUUUCCCCUUUCGCUCAAGUCCUCCAGCGGCACCCUCUCCCGGCGCGCCGACAAAAGUGGGAAGAGCGCCGCGUCUAGCGGUGCAGCCGACAUAGGUUUAACUGCAAACGGUGCAGCCGGCAUAGGUUUAACCACUAACAGUGCAACAGACAUAGGUUUAACUACAAACGGUGCAGCCGACAUAAGUUUAACUACUAACGGUGCCGCUGAUAGCGGUGGGAGUACUGCGAACGAUGGACCGUGUGGAAAGCUAUUCGAAACGUCCAACCUUUCCAGUUCCUUCACUGACUAUGUCUACUAUUUGCUGAGUCCAUCCAAGUUUUUUCUAACCGAAUUUCCCAGCCCGAAUUGCUCGUCAGAAGGUGGAGACAGAGCCUCGGGUGGGGGGAACCACGAAGAGGUAUGCGAAUACACCAGCCAUUUGGAUGACUCCCAUUACGACUCCGAUGAGAAGGAACCCCACCCCGGAGAAGGUACAUACAACACAGGGGAGAGUCAAAAGUAUGAAUGCCUCUACCUCCCGGAGGUAUAUAAAAAUGCUAUAGAAAAUCAAGACGAUCAUAUUUUGCAGUUUUUAAGUUUCAUGGAAAGCAUCCAUCUAUCAGGUGCUCAGAUGCAAAAGGUGAAAAAAAUACUAACGUAUAAAUUGUAUGCUUAUUUGAAGACUUCCAAGAAGGCCUUCCGAGUGCUCACCGAUUUGGUUGCCCAGGAGCAGGACGCGCCGGGCGGUCGCUAG